UCUAUCAACAGGGGAUCCCUUGACAAUUAAUGAAGAAGCUUGUGAUAUUGAAUUCCCGUCAGCAGACGAAAUAGAUGAUCAACCACAUGCACAAACUGUUACAAUAUUUGUGUAUUUUAUUCGAUUGGCACAGUUAAUGGGACAGAUAAUCGGUCAUCUUCAGACAACAGCAUGUACGAGUAUUCCGACAACAUCUUGGGCUCAUCAUAACAUGAUAUCUCGUUAUGAAGCUGCACUUGUGAGCUGGGUUCACGAAUUACCUCCGUACCUGCAAAUCCCACCCGCUGGUCACAGUAUUCCAUUUGCUGGUCAAAUUGCUGCUCUUCACCUGCACUAUCAUACUCUGAAGAUUAUGUUGCAUUUUCCUUACCUCGCUUCACAUCACUCGCGAUCGACUGGUCCACGAAUGUCGAAAACUUACCUCAAAUCUUUGAGUGCGUGCAUCACCGCAGCUAGCACAAUUUCACAUAUUGGUG